UGCUUGAUGACAACGGACUCGGGGAAUGUACCUUGGCUGAAGUUUUUUUGUUACACAUUUCGUACCGCGGCUUACUGUGUAAUGGCGACCGCCGGACGCUCCUCUGUGGGGAAGUAACUUGAAACAGGACGGGAUAAAACAGCCUGUGUGCAAACCAAAGCCUCAUCAUCUUGACCUCAACACCCGUCUGCAGCUGCUAUGAUCCGAAGGAGUGGAGCGCCUUACUGAUUUGUCUUACUCUUCCUGCCAUCAUGUCGUAGCUGAAGUUGUGCUGCUCCCCUCGUUAAGCGUCCUGUCUCUUGGAUCUCUUUGCAUGUUUUGGUUUAUCCUUCCUUUCACCCUCUCCUCACCUCAUGUGGUGAUUUCUAACUGAAGCACCGGUAGCGCCUUGCGUCACUUCUGGCGCAAUGAGCAGCCUGCAGCAUGGCAGCACAGGCUCAGAGCGAGACCUGCACUCUGCUGCGUCCUCCGUAAGCCUCCCCUCGGUUAGAAAGAAUCCUAAAAAGCGGCGUCUGUCCCUCCACUCGUUCUUUGGACGCAGACUCAGACCCGAACGGGACUCCAAGCGGAAGUCCAGGACUCUGUCGUCCGGAGCAGACGGCGUCGUCAGCGUCGAAAGCGCGCAGUCCGAGGCUGGCGUCGACAAAGUCUCCAUCCAGCCUCCUUCGGAUGUGGCGUCCACGUCAGCAGGGAUGGGGUCUUUGUCAGACCUGCUGGAAUGCCCGCUGUGCCUGCUUCGCCACACCCGGGAUCGCUUCCCGGACAUCAUGACCUGCCACCACCGCUCCUGCGCAGACUGCCUGCGCCAGUACCUGCGCAUUGAGAUCUCCGAGUCCCGCGUCAACAUCACCUGCCCCGAGUGCUCAGAGCGCUUCAACCCCCACGACAUCCAGAUGAUCCUGGGAGACCGAGCCGUCAUGGAGAAAUACGAGGAGUUCAUGCUGAGGAGAUGGCUGGUGGCCGAACCGGACUGUCGCUGGUGUCCCGCUCCCGACUGCGGGUAUGCCGUCAUUGCUUUUGGCUGUGCCAGCUGUCCAAAGAUCACCUGUGGCCGUGACGGCUGCGGCACAGAGUUCUGCUACCACUGCAAACAGCUGUGGCAUCCCAACCAGACAUGCGACACGGCGCGGCAGCAGCGGGCCCAGAGCCUGCGGCUCAGGAACUUCAGGUCGUCGUCCCUCAGCUACAGCCAGGAGAGCGGAGCAGCUGGUGAUGACAUCAAGCCGUGCCCUCGCUGCUCUGCUUACAUCAUCAAGAUGAACGAUGGGAGCUGUAACCACAUGACCUGCGCCGUCUGCGGCUGCGAGUUCUGCUGGCUCUGCAUGAAGGAGAUUUCUGACCUUCACUACUUGAGUCCAUCGGGUUGCACAUUCUGGGGGAAGAAGCCGUGGAGCAGGAAGAAGAAAAUCCUCUGGCAGCUCGGGACGUUGGUGGGAGCGCCUGUGGGAAUCGCUCUCAUUGCCGGCAUCGCCAUCCCAGCCAUGAUCAUUGGGAUCCCAGUCUAUGUGGGCAGAAGGAUACAUAAUCGCUACGAAGGAAAGGACAUCUCGAAACACAAGAGGAACUUGGUGAUCGCUGGAGGCGUGACGCUGUCGGUCAUCGUGUCUCCUGUGGUUGCUGCAGUCACUGUUGGUAUCGGCGUUCCCAUCAUGCUCGCGUAUGUCUACGGCGUCGUCCCGAUCUCUCUGUGUCGGAGCGGAGGCUGUGGCGUUUCCGCUGGUAACGGGAAAGGGGUUCGAAUCGAGUUCGAUGACGAAAAUGACAACAUCGGAAGUGGGGCAGUAGCCACAGACACGACGUCUGUGGCGGAAACUCGACUCAACAACCCGAGCCUCGGCGACGGAGCGAGCGUCGGCGGCCUGACCGGCCUGAGCCUCAGCGUCAGCGGGAGCCACAUGGAGCGCUGCGGCGUGAGCUCCGCUCAGCGGGACAACAUGAGCGACAACGCCAGCACCACGGCGCUCGCCGGGACCAGCAUCACGGGCAGUCUGUCCGGCAGCUGCUACAAUCGGAUGGAAGUGCAGGCCGACGUCCAGAAGGAGCGCUGCAGUUUGAGCGGCGAGUCGGCCACCGUCAGUCUGGGGACAAUGAGCGACAACGCCAGCACCAAGGCCAUGGCGGGCUCCAUCCUCAACGCCUACAUGCCGCUGGAAAGAGACGGCAGCCUGGAGGCUCCUGCGGACUCCGAGUCCAGGCAGGACAAGGUGAGGCACGGCAGCGCCAGCAGCAGCAUGGACGAAGCCAGCUGCAGCAGCGGUUCAGCCGCCAUCAAAGCAGCCGGUGCCGAUGGAUGCUUGUGCUCGUGUCCCUCCGCGUGCAGCUGCGGGCAGCCCGGCCACCAGUGUGGCCCCUCGUCCUCUUGGUCCAAGGACCCCACCGCAGCUACCGCGGGCAAAAAGUGUAAAAGUAAUCUCUGGAGGAGAGCGAGCAGCAGCAGCAGAGGAGACAGAAGAGUGAACGAGACGCAGGGCGACAUCGACGCUCAGCUCCUGGAGCAGCCGAGUGCCAACUCCUCCGAGCUCGAUUCGCCGUCUCUGAGCGGCAGCCUCCCCUCGGUGGCCGACUCGCACUGCAGCCACUUCUCGUCCGAGCUCAGCUGCUCGGACCCCGAAACCGCUAAACCCGGCCAGAUGGACCCUCCUCCCCAUCAGCCCACCAUCACACCUCUACCUGAGGUGGAGCACGACCGCCUGGAGCAGCUUCCCCCUCAGAGCGGCCAGGCCGCCUUCGCCCACCGCCUGCUGGCCUCAUCCCCACCCGCCUCACCGAAAGACCGGAGCAGCGGGACGUUCCUGUACAUCAGCGAGGAGAGCGCUGGAGAAAACGCAGAACCGGAGGAGUUCAUUAAAGAAACCAGCAGAAACUCUGCCGCACAGCCAGUGAGCCCCACCAGGAAGCGCUGCAUACAGACAGACAUCUGAAGACACUUCUCCCUCCUCAUACUGUGCGACCGCUGCAAACUCUGUUAGCUUUAUCAUCAAAUUUUGGAGAAAUCAGGGUUAUGGAUGCAAAGUGAAGCUGUGUAGUAACAGAAGGUGAAAUGGAAAGAAGCUGGAUGUGUAGAAGAUGGCCUGGACCUCUGGUUUUGUUAAGUUUCAGCCGGUUUUAAGAGCAGUGUGCUUGUUUGCAAGUAGAUUUGAAUGUACAUGAACAUGUUUGAAGCAGGCUCUGAGCUUCGUGAGAUUCUGCAGAUCUGUGAUCGGCACAGAAAGGACAGUUCCUUCAUAUCAGAAUGAUUUCCUAAAACCAGUGUGAAGGGAUGUCCCGAUCAGGAUUCUGUUGCCCUAAAUCCUAAUCAGUCCUUUACUAACAGGCAUUUGUUGAUGAAAAGUCGUCAAACUUGAUGCCAUUUGCAUUCCUGAGAAUACCAGAGCUUUCAGGUGCAGUAAGAAAACACACUAUGGUUUAUGUCAAGGUGGUGAUUGUCCCCCUUUUUAACAUCCAGGAUUCUGCUGUAUCCUUUUUUUAAAGUUCAAAACAACUUUGUGUUGUUAUUUUAGCACAAAGCUGCAUUUUUCAUCUCCUUGGUCAGACUGAUGAUGUUUUGGUUUAUUUACUUUGCUAUAAUAUUUCUAAUUGGAGAUUGUUCCGCUAAUAACAUUUAAAUAAGUUUCCAGUUCAGUCGUUUGCAAACAAACUUACUGAAAAGGUUCAUGAAAAAUGUAACCAUUUGCUUUUAACGCUGUAACAUUUAGUGAGUUUAGUUUAGUGUUUCAGCUGCUUUCUGAGCCACUUUUUGUCCACAAAUCGGCUUGUUAAGCACAGAGUGGAAAAUAUGAGAAACGGGAAAGUAAAGGGUAAAAAAAACAUUUACACUGUUGGUGUUAAAUAAUCAAAAUCUAGUGCAUGGAAUGUAGGAAUAAAAAUAAAAUGACCUUGGAAAUGGACAUAAUCCCUGACCAACUACAGAUAUCAGGAAUUGAUUUUAAUCAUUUGAAAAAGCCUUGAUUGGGACAUCCCUAGUUUUCCUGAUGCUGGUUGGAGUAAGUAAUCUAAGCUGCUAUCAUGAAACCUAAAUGUUUUAAUAUCUAGUCUCCAGGAAUGAAUUUCUUUUCAUUUGCUUGUUUUUGGUAAUCAAAGAAUGGUCCGGUGUCUCCAGUUUACUCUUGGAUUCCCUCAGGAUUGUUAAAGAGACUCUCGAGUUUAACGGUGGGACCAGAUGACACAGAAGCUUCCUAUAUUUUCCAGAAUCAUCAGACAUUAGAAAAGUUAUAUAUUUACUUUUGUUUAAGAUGCGACUCAUGUUUCUGUUUUACAUAUUUGCUUAUGUUUAUGUUAAGCUUUGGGAAAAAUUGGUUUUUGAUCCGAAUUUGUUGGUAUAAUCGAAUGAUUUUUGUCAUGAACACAGAUUUUUAUGUUUAGAUAUUCUGGAUUGAAGCCAGCCACCUUCAUGCUUUUUCCCUUUGUGAUUUUCUAUCUGCACUGGGGAACAGGACAGCUGUGUCUCUGCUGAUUUAUUAGAUUUCACUACAUGUUCAACGUACAGUUGAAGCAUAAACAGGUUAAUUUAAUGCAUUUACUUAAAUCAUAUAUUCCACACAGAACAGAGCCCUAUUUUUAAAUGUGUAGCAUUUCUUACAAAUUACAGGGCUUGUAAUAAAACGAUUUAGAUUCAAUCGAACUGUGUUUGCAAUAAUGAAAUAAGCUUUUUAGACAACUAUACCAUUUGAACUGAAGUUUCCCCUGUGGAAACGCCGGAACUUUAUUCGAACACAUGUUGUGCAUUGAGAACUUGCGUCUGUAUCCAAGCACAUUUAUCCUAAUAUUCAAUAUUCUGCAGUGACUGUACAGUAUUGGUGAUAAAUUGUUAAUCUUUUUGUUUGUUAAAUCCAAAUGAAACAUUCUGAUUCUGAACUUUGUACUUUACCAGCAAGCUAUUUUUUUCUUUCUUAUGUUUUUAAUUUUCUUUUUCAGAAAUGACUGAUGCAAGUAAUUUUAUAUUUGUCAGCACCCUACAGUGCCUUGGGAAGAUUUCCUGUGUGUAUAGUGUUUUUAUUUUAUUUCAUCCUGUCUUCAUGUGAGAAUUAUACAAAUAUUGUUGGAUGAUUUUUUUGCAUAUUAUAAAAAUGGAUAUAAGCUUAAGAAUAAACCUCAGACAAGCUGUUUUGGCCGACCAAAGACCAAAUGUUUUGUCCGUAUUAACUCUGAUUACACCAAUUUAUUUGAUUGGUUUGAGGUUUUAAAAUGUUCCCCUAAAGCCACCAAAGUUUAUGUAAAAGAAUAAUCACCAUAUUGGCACUAAAAUGCAUUUUUUUUCCAAAGUGACACUAAAACUACAUCUUGAGUUUUGCAGCCUGGCCUCUUCUAGCUGUUUUAUGAGCUGCUUUAAAAAGUUGAAUUAGGAAUUUCUUUAUUUUAGAUGAACCUCUUGAGUUAUUUUCCUUUUUAAUUCCUCUUCCUGUUUGAGUUCUGGUGUCAUUAUUUGUUGUCUAAUUUUGUUGAAAAGAGGCUAUUUGGAAACUUCUAUAUUUUGAUUCCUUGCAUCUGAAUGUGCAUGUUUAUGCAUAUCCUUCAAUAAAAAAAAAUCUCGAUCAAGCA